ACACACACAGACACAGAGAGAAGAGGGGGACGCUUGUUUUCCCUCCUCUCCCUCCAGCUUUAAAAAAAUGAAACAGCCCAUUAAAGAGGGAAAGAGGGGGGGGCAGUGCUGUACUUCCAUCCAGCCUGGAUUGUAAGGAACAUUUAGUGCGCCGACACUAACCCAGAUACCAGACAUAACACACAGGGCCAGCUGAGGACCUGACAGAACGCAGGCAUGAACGACAUCAAGCUGGCCCUGCUGGGAAGCCAGGGGGCUGGGAAAUCAGCUGUCCUUGUGCGGUUCCUGACCAGGCGCUUCAUCGGUGAAUAUGCCUCUAACGCCAAUUCCCUGUACCAUAAAAGGCUGUCGAUCGAUGGCAGGCAGCUAAAUCUGGAGGUUUUUGACCCCUGCUCUCAGAGCUCAGAGGCCAGGUGUAUACUGGAGGAGCCGGUGGACUGGGCAGAUGGCUUUGUGGUGGUGUACAACAUUAGCGACUGCACUUCCUUCAUCAACGCCAAGAACAUCCUGCAACAGAUUCGGGAGGCGCGCAUGGAAAACUGCAAAGGGGAGGUGGAGGUUCCUGUGUGUCUGGUGGGCAACAAGCAGGACCUGUGUCACGCCCGGCAGGUGCGUGAAGAUGAGGGCCGCUGCCUGGCUCAGGAGAACCGCUGUCACUUCCAGGAGGUCUCAGCCGCCGAGAGCUACCAGGACAUCGCCAACCUCUUCACCCAACUCAUCCGGCAGGUGAUGGAGCACCUCAAGUACAGAGCCGACCGACGACGCUACAGCGGCUCCAAGUCCAUGGUCAAGCUCAUCAACAAUGUGUUUGGCAAAAGGAGGAAGUCCGUGUGAUGGUCCCAGGGAAGUCCGCUGGAGGGACUGAAAGACCCUUUUUUUAAAGGGAACAUGCUGGGUCUGAAAACUGUAACUACGUCAGUCCAAACAGUAACUUAAUGUUCACACUGUGGGCAACAUGUACAGUUGGUGGGAAGGCUUGGAUGGUGUCAACAUUUACAGACAAAUACAACAUUGUGUCUUUGUCAAUUUAUUUUUUUCUUAGUUUGCCUUGUUUUUUCCUACAAUGUGUAUCCCUGCUUUGAGCAAAGAUUUCAAAAGGACUAAUUAUGUUGUGAUUAAAACAAAGCAGGAUAUUGUUGAUGAGAUAAGUGGUUCCCAACCCGAGGGUGGGGGCUCUAAUGAGGGGUCGCAAGAUGAUUAACAGGACAUAAAAGAGUAAAAGAAAACACAUUUGUGCUAAACAUAGGCAUUCAUUCAAACUUUUCUCUUAGAUUUGAAUAUAAAACACACAUGCAUGCACACACACACACACACACACACACACACACACACACACACACACACGCACACACACACACACACACACGCACACACACACACACACACACACAGAGUUGUACACUCAAACAUGAAAAGGAGUUUCAAGGUGAGUUUUAAGGGACCAAGUUGAAAAGGUUAGGAACCUUGGCUAGGUUAUUGUUCGAAUUAUUUCAAUAUUUGCCAAUACUGAGUUUCAGUAUCAACACAACAUAUCUUAAAUAUAUAGUAUUACUGUGACAUUAACACUUAUUCUAUACAAUACCUUUAUUUCAUUUAAAGGCCAGAUAUAUCCAGACACAAUUUUUCUCUCAUUUUGGCCAUUUUGGUAGUUAUGUGAGGUUGUUAAACUCCAUAAGAGAACAAAAAACUAAAUUGUCCCACCCAGGUGCAACAAAGCUGUGAGGGAAAUGUUAAUCCAACGCACAGGUCUUUUAUAAAACCAGACAGAUUACUCAUUACAGUGCAAGUGAACCUUUGCAUACAUGGACUAAAACCAUCAAAUCUCAAGUCUGAAAAUGUCAUUAACAAUAAGAAUGUAACUAACCACGCAGUGCUACGUUUACCACUGAGCAUGUUUGAUGCAGACACAGUUUGUUACAACAGAUAAAAUAACAAACCUCAUGUUGACAUCGACAGCUGCUGUUUCAGCAUCUUUAUUGGCUGGUUUACAGCUGGAUCGUUUUUCACAUGACACCUCAGCCUCGGAUGGGAAGCUUUGAUCAGCUUCUCCUCCGUCUUUCACUCCUCAGAUAUAACUGUUCAUCAGUAAACCAAAUCACAACACGGAGGAAUGGAAGGCUGAUAAGCGUCUGAUUUGCUAGUGACGGUGGAAUGUUUUCUCCACCACGGACUCCUUCAUCAACAUGCUCACAUUAGGAACUCACUGAUUACUCUGAGCGUCUCUCUCAUUGGUUUAAACAGAUGUACCAUAUGCCAUUCUGCAUUUUAAUGUGGGGAAAAUGUGUUUUCGGCUCAGUGUUACUCAGCGGUUUUAUAUUGUUUUUAGGAGGAAAAGAGCCAGUUUUGGUGCAUUUUUCUAAAGCCUCUUACAUUUUGUUUUUUCUUUAUAAUCUUUGGAAGCCAUAGUGUUUGUUUAUGGUUGACUAUUACUGGUAUAUCAUUUAAAUCCAUUCAUCAGUACUAUAAUGUUUGUAACCAUUCAUUAAUCUGAUUUAUUGUGUCAAUACAUUUCAUAAUUGCUAUUUGGUCUUUUCACAGAAUCAGAACUGAAAACAAACUUUAUGAAAUAAAAACACUACCAUACCAAUUAAGGGCGUGAACUGAUUCAACGAUGUGCUGUUGUUCUUCUUAAACUCAGUUAUGUCACCACGGUGCUGUA